GCGGCUGGUGGGGGCGGGGCGGAGCCGGGCGGGUGGUGGGACCGGCCAUGGCGAGCGGGAGAAUGGCGGCGCCGGGCCCGGCUUCUCUGCAGCGCCGGCUGCAGAGCUCGCAGGAGGCGCGGCACCGGCAAGCGGUGCUGGUGCGGAAGCUGCAGGCGAAGGUCCUGCAGUACCGGACUCGCUGUCAAGAGCUGGAGCAGCAGCUGGAAGCAGGAGGGGGCUGCCUCCCAGGCAGGUGGGAAGAAGCCACAGAAGCCCUGGAGAAAGGCCUGCUUCAGGUGGAAGAGGAGCAGCAAAGGUGCGAGGAUCUGGCCGAAGUGAACAGUCUGCUGCGGGAGCACCUGGAGAAAGCGAAUGAGGUGAAUUCAGCCCUCAAAGAAGAUGUUGGAAAGCUGACGGUGGAUUGGAUGAGGGCGCGGGAGGAGCUGGAAGCGAAGGAGCGCGAAUGGCGCCAGGAACGUGAGCUCUAUGAGGACUACUUCAGGGGUGACCGUGACCGUCUGCUCGGGCUGUGGCGUCAGGUGGUCACCUUCCGCCGUCAUUUCCUGGAAAUGAAGACGGCCACGGACCGAGAUUUGUCAGAGCUGAAGGCAGAGCAAAUGAGGCUUUCUGGAUCUGUAAUUGUAAACUGCUCCCGUCUAAACUCUGGCAUACAGCUCUGGGAGUCCGUCACUCUGCGUAGACCUGUCCUGAAGGAUGAGGCACAGCAGCAAGCUGGACAGGAAAUGAACCAGAAGACUCAGGAAGUGAUGUCCUUACAAGCCCAGGGGGAGCUGGAGAAGAAGGAGCUUCGGGACAGGGUGAUGGAGCUCUCAGCCUUGCUUGUACAGUCUCAGAAGCAGAACGAGGAGAAGGAGAAGACCAUGAAAACACUUAAUGACGCUGUGGAGAUUCUAGAAGCAAGUCAGUUAGAGAGAGAAUAUGAAGCUUCAUUGAGUAAAAGUGCCAAAGAAGAGAAUCUUUCCCUCCAAAAGCUGAUAAAAGAUAUAACGGAGAUGGUGUUAGAUGACAGUGACAGCACAGUCAGCAUUAUCUGCACUGACGGUUCACAGCAUGCAGAGACUAGCAACGUCCUCUCCCUUUUGAGCUCCGUUGAUGCAGAAGAUGCCUUUGUAUUGGUUCAGCAAGCACUGGCAAGGAGGAGAAGAGCAGCACAGGCCCUAAAAGAAGAGCUUUCUGCCAGGCAGGAGUCUAUCAAUUUCCUGCAGCACCAGCACAGGCAGCAGGAAGAGAAGUGCAGGAAGCUGCAGCAAAGGCUUGAGCAACUGGAGGAGGAAUGCAAGACAUCCAGCAGCCACCAGCAGCACCUCCAGUCUCUGGUAGAAGUACUCAGAAGUGACUGUGCAAACCUUGAGAAAACCAGGGAAGAUCUACAGCAACAGCUUAAAGCAACGGAGCAAGAAGCUUCGUGUCUGCGUCAAAGUAACACUGAACUGCAGCUGAAGGAAGAUUCAGCCCAGGGGGAAAAGGUGGAGCAGCAACAGAUGAUGGAGAGAGCACGUCGUGACCAGGAGCUCCUACUGAAGGACUUGGUGGCACUUGAAGAAAACCAUUCCUUGUUACAGCAUGAGUUGGCAGUUGCGAGAGAGACGCUGGAGGAAUCGCACCUUGAGAUGGAUCUGCUGAAGCAAGAGAAACAGGAGCUUAGAGUGGCCCUGGAGAAGGCAGAGCAGUCGGUGGCAGAGCUGACAGGGGCUCAGAAUAAGCUGAGUGCUGAACUUGCUGAUCUACGUGUUGCAACAGCAAACGCGAGCUGUAUCAAUGAAGCUCUUGCGUUGGAUAAAGUGCAACUGAACAAACUUGUGCUGCAGCUGGAGCAAGAGAAUGAAGCUCUGCUGGGUAAAGUGGAGGAGAUGGAGAGAGCAAAGAUCUCUGCCCAGGAGAAGCUGAGCUUGUGUAGAAGAGCAAAGAGUGAGCUCUGUGCAGAGAAAGCCCACCUGGAGCAGCUGCUGAAGAAAGCAGAGGAGCAACAAGAGGAGCUGCGAGUAGAGCUGGGGAUGCUGGCAGAGGAGAAGGAAGAAGCCCAAGAGAAACUCCUUCAGGUUUCCCGCCAGCAAGAGUUGUCUCGCAGUGGCCUGGAGCAGUUGCGCCAGGAGUCCUCUCGCCAAGGGCACGCACUGGCCGAGGUGUGCGCAGAGAAGGAGUUGCUGGUGCGGGAGAAGGCUGCCCUGGAGGUGCGACUGGCAGCCCUGGAGCGGGACAGACAAGGCCUUUUGGAGCAGCUGGCAGAGGCCAGGUCAGGGAAGGAGACCCUGGAAUCCAGCUUGUUUGAGGCUCAGCAGCACUUAUCUGCACUGGAGAUCGCCAGGAGUCAUCUUGAAGUCCAGCUUCACACAGUGGCGCAGGCCAAGGAGGUGAUACAAGGGGAAGUGAAGUGCCUUCAGUGGGAGCUGGAAGCAGAGAGGUCUCUCCUGAAGCAGGAGCGGGAAGACAUGGUGCAAGAGCUCCUGCAGAAAGAACAGCAGCAUAAGGACACCCUCAAACUUCGGGAGGCCGACCACCAAGGGGAGAUAAACAAGCUCCUGCAAGACGUGGCAAGUGAGCAGGAUGGGCAUCAUUCAGAGCUGCAGGAGAUGCUGGAGCAAUGGGAAAAAGAGAAGGCAGAGAUAGAAGAUGAGCACGAGAAGCAACUGUUUGAUAUGAAGCAGAAAGUUGCUACCAUGCAAGCUCAACAAGAAGAGGAACGAACCAGAAUUGAAAAUGCCAAGCAAGAGAUCCUGCUAGAAAAGGAGCGUGAGAAGAAUGCUUUAUUAGAGACGCUGCUCCAGACUCAGGGAGAGCUAAGAGACACCUACCAGCAGCUAGAGCAGCUCAGGCAGGAGCUGAAAGAGCAGCAAGAGAAUGGGCAGAACAUCGCAGAAAAGCUGCAAGCAGAGCUGCAGGAAACUCGGAGUAAGAUCAAGGCAGUGGAGAAGAGGCACAAGGAAGAAAUCAAAACCAUCAAAGAUGAAAUGAAUAUCCUUCUUCAGCAGAGGGAUGGUCUACAAAAACAGGUGGAAGAGUUGACAUCUCAGCUAGCAGCCUCUGAGGAGUCCCAGCAAGUGAUUGGCCGCAGAGCUCAGAAAGAUCUGUGUGAGGCACAGGAACUGUCAAGGCAGAAGGUGCUGGAGGUGGUGCACCUCCAGAACAUCCUGGAGGAGAAGAGGAGUCAAUGGGAGAAGGCAGAACAUCAGAACAAGGAGCUGCAAGUGUGUCUGCAGUCUUUGGAGGAGGAAAGAAGUCGAUGGGAAGAAGUGGAGUGUCACAACACAGAAUUUCAGGCUGCUUUGAAGGUCCUAGAGAGUGAAAAAGCGAGGCUGACUCUGUCUCUGGAAGAGAAGGAACUGAGCCUCAGAACCCUGGAAGAAGACAACCUUGUCCAGCACAACGAGAUACAGUCACUGCAGGAGGCCUUGCUGGAGAAGGAGGCUGGCCUGGCAACGCAAGAGAAACAGCUGCUACAGGAUCUGGAGGAGUCCCGAGCAGCCGAACGGUGCUUGAGGGACUCUUUGCGCAUGCUGGAGGUUGAGACGUCUGAACUGCGUUUGAGGCUUUGUAGCACAGAGAACAGAGCAAAGGCAUUGGCCACAGAGUGUCAGCAGGCUAACAGUGCCCACUGUGAAGCCCAAUCCCAGCUGGACAAACUGCGCUUGGUUCUCCAUCACCUGAUCUGUGACAGCAGAGACUUAGUCCCUUGGAGUUCAGGAUUACAUCAAAGGCACUGCCACUUUCUCCUGUGUAUAAGGAGGCCUUGUUUGUUGGAGACCCUUCAGUUAAAGCUUGAAACAGAAUGGCUUCUCCCUUCAGAACAAGGUCAUGUCUGGGGCCUGACUGUUUCCGAGGCUGGGGACCUCCCUGUGGAGUUCACAGUGGACAGAGUGACAACAGCCCUACAAGACCUGCGUCAGCACCUGAAGCAGACUCAGCAAGAUCAGAAUGAUGCGAGGAAGAAGAUACAGGACUUGGAGCUGGAGCUGAGCAAGAGGCAAGCUGAGAGGGACCAUUUCAGUGCCCACAAUCAAGAACUGCAGAAACAGUGGGCUCAAAGCCAGGAAGAGAUGCAAGUGGCAGAGUGCAAGAGGAACUCUCGACAAGCUGCCCUGCAGGAAGAGGCUGCUGCUCUAAUGGAGGAGGUUGUGGCUCUACAUCAAGAGGUGGCAUCUUUGGAAAGGAAACUUGAGAGCACUGAGAAGCAAAGGAAGGAAGUCCUGCACGAACGGGACAGACUGCAAGCAGUUGAAGAAAAAAUGGUAUGGGAGAUAAAACUUCUUCAGGAAUCAGUCACAGCCUCUGAAAUCAGAGCAAAUACAGCAACAGAUAUGAAUCACUCCCUUGCACAAGAACUCCAAACUACGCUGUCCAUCUUAAAAAUGAAAAAUGAGGAAAUGGAAACCCAGUGGGAGAAAAUCCAGAUGCUCCAGAAAGAGGCAGCAGAGGUGAAAGCUUUGCAGGAGAAUCUCACUCAUACGACUGCCAUCCUGUCAGAGUGGGAGGGAGAAAUGAAGUUAUACCAGGAAAAGAUGAGAAUGCUGGAAAAGCAGAAAGAAACACAUAAAACUACUCUUGAUCAGGUUAUGAAGGAAAUCACAGAGAAAAAAGAGAAGACAGAAUCCCAGCAAGAACACAUACAGGAGCUGGAGAAGCAGCAAGAAAAACAGAGGACUGCUGUAAGCAAAAUGAACGAAGAGCUGCAAGAGAGAGACCAGGAGAUCAGAUCCCAGCAAGAACUGAUACGGGAGCUGGAGAAGCAGCGAGAAUUGCAGAGGACUGCUGUCAGCAACAUGAGCAAAGAGCUGGAGGAGAGAGACCAGGAGAUCAGAUCCCAUCAGGAACACAUACAGGAGAUGGAGAAGCAGCAAGAAUUGCAGAGGACUGCGAUGAGCAAAGAGCUAGAAGAGAGAGACCAGGAGAUCAGAUCCCAGCAAGAACAGAUACGGGAGCUGGAGAAGCAGCAAGAAUUGCAGAGGACUGCUGUCAACAAGAUAAGCAAAGAGCUGGAGGAGAGAGACCAGGAGAUCAGAUCCCAGCAAGAACUGAUACGGGAGCUGGAGAAGCAGCGAGAAUUGCAGAGGACUGCGGUGAACAAGAUGAACAAAGAGCUGGAGGAGAGAGACCAGAAGAUCAGAUGCCAGGAGGGGAAAAUAAUGAUUCUAGAACAACACGGUACAUCACAAGUCAGAAAUCUGCUCAUGGAUCUUGAUCAUAUGAAAGGAAACUUGAAGGAGAAACACUUAGAGCUUAUGUCUCUGACUCAUCAGAUCCAAGAACUGGAAAAAGAAAGAGAAGAGGUGAAAUCUCUGCAGGCAAGCCUUGAACACCUGAGGGAAGUUCUUAAGGACAGAGAGAGUGAGUGUGAUUCUCAAAGGGCGCAGUUAAGACUCUUGCAACAGUCCAAGGAACAGCAAGAGGGGCACCUGCAAGAGCUUCGUGGUAAAGUAGAAAAGAUGACACUUUCUUUAUCAAAAAAAGAUCAAGAACUUCAGUCACAACAACAGCAAAUCCAGGAAGCUGAAGAGGUCAUGGAAAUGCAGUUAAAGACUGUCCGUGACCAAUUGGAGCAGGCCUUAGAAACCUUAAAAGAAAAGGACAGGCUCAUAGACAUCCAAAAGCAACAAACAUGGAACUAUGAGGAAAAAUCAGAACGGAUUAAUGUCUUACAUAGAGACUUAGAAUACACUAAGGCAAUACUGAAGGAAAUGGAAUUCACGAUUGAAUCACAGAAGGAAAUGAUUGAGACCUUCCAAAAACAAGAACAAGACUCUGAACAGCAGAAGGAAAUUCUGCACCAUCUUCAAGUGGCACUAAAGGAACGAGAGCAAGAAAUUGUAUCCCUUAGAAAGCAAUGUGAGGCAUGCAAGGAAAAGGAGGAAAAGCAUGAAGCUGAGCAGACAAAUCUUCAAGCAACAAAACUGACUCUGAAAGAAAGAGAAGAAAAGAUAGGUGUUCUGGAGGAGGCUAUCUCUAGGCUUCAACAGCAAAAGGAGGAGGUGGAGAUGCAGACUAAAGUCAUACUGCAAAAACUAGAAUACGCUGAGUCUUCUCUAGAAGCGAGAGAUCAAGAGAUAGUGUCUUUGCAAGAGCAUGUCCAGGACCUUCGAGAGCAGAAGGAGUUAGAAGGCAAGCAGGCCAAGAGUCUACAGCAGGAUCUAGACAAAAUGAGCCAAAUAGUGAAGGAGAACCGUUUGGAGUUCCUCAGGCAGACAGAGCAAAUGAACAUGUUCUGGCUUCGUGGCGAAGAUAUGAAAGUAGAACUAACAUCAUGCCAGAAACAAGUGAAUCUGCUUGAGGAAACACUGAGGAAGAGAGAUGAAGACAAUGAAACUCUUCUGCAAAAACUCCAGCACCAAGAAGAAGAACUGAAGACCUUGCAGAAUCUCCAGCUUAGGCUAACUGAGAAGAAUGAAGAGGUUAGCCACCACAGAGAGCAAGAGAAGCUACUGGAAGAAGCCUUGCCUGAUAGGGAACAAGAGACCGAGGUUCAAGGUGAGCAAAAAGAGAUAGAAGAGGAAAUAAGAGGCCUUCGGGAAGAUCUCCAGCAUGUUCAGCAGACUCUGACAAAGAAGGAUGAAGAGAUCAAGUUCCAGAGAGACAGAGUCAGCUCUUUAGAGAAGAUUCUGACAGGGAGAGAACAAGAGCUCAGGAGGCAGAGUGAACUCCUCAAACAAUUAACAUCAGCUUUGCGAUGGAAAGAUGACACGGAGACCCUCAAGAAACAAAUCCAGAAACUCCAAAAAUGGGAGGAAGAGGAGGAGGAGAAGAGGAAAGUUCUCCAUCAGAGAGACCAUCUCUUGCAAAGGCACAAGGAGCUAACCCAACAACUGGAAGAUGAGCGGAAAGCAAAGGGGGAAGAAGUGGAGCGUGUGAUUGCUAUUUUGAAGCAGACUGAAAGCAGAGAAAACGAAUGGAAAGAGAAGGUACAAGCACUGACUCUUGCCCUUAGCAAGAGCGAAAUGGCCAAUGGGACUCUAAGGGAAGAAAUUGCCAUCCUGCAGAGUAUGGUUUCAGAGAGGGACAAGGACCGGUUCCAUCUUCAGCAGGCGACUGCAGAAGGGCAGUGGCUGUCCUGGCUCUCGGAGAAGAGACUCCUGUCGCAGCGGCUGGAACGUCUGCAGCGAGCAGUUGCAAGGCUGGACCAGGAGAAGACGGAGCUGAAGCAAUACAAUGCCGAGCUCAGGAGGACUCUGGAGGAGGUGGAACAUGAACGGAGGAGACUGAGGAGAUAUUGCAGAGGUCGGGCGCUGCCAGAUGCAGGCGGAUUUUCUCUCUCCGCGUCUGACCAGAACAAGAUGCCGGCGUCUCAGCAGGAGGAGUCUCACACGUGCUGCAGUCGUCGACUGGCUGAGUUGCAGAACCAGGUGUCCCUUCUGCAGACGCAGCUGGUGCAAGAACGAAAAUACAAGCAGGACUAUAUUGAGUGCUGUGCAAAGACCGGCCAGGAACUUCAAGACCUUCACCAAGAGCUGUCUGACUCCUUAGCAGCUGUGGUCAGGGAUCCCAAAGCUGCUGUUCUGGAGGCAGAGACCCAGAAGCUUGAUCGGUCUCUGAACCUUAACUUGACACCGAUAUCUCUGGACCAUCAGUCUCCUGAGAGACAGAUGUUGCAUUCAAGAAACAGAUGCACCAGGAGUGAUGACCUGAGGUAACAGGACCAGUGCACAGCAAAAGACCUCAGUAGGAGCCAAGUCAGAGACCUGCUGUAGCAGGUGAACUGUGGCAGGGGCUUGGUUCAAGGCCUUAGUCCUGAAGUAAGAUAAAAGCUCCGAGCACAGCGUUUGCUGCAGGUUCCCCAGCAGAAGCAGUGGUGGGACAACACUGGUGCUGGCUCGUGUGGAUGGGGUCAGGUGUAGGCCUGGAAAAGCAGGAUGAACCUGAUGAGCAGGUAAAAUGUCUCCUUUUCCAAAGCACUCCACCACAGCAUGGCUCCUCAGCCUCCACAGAGCCCUCCACAGGAGAUGGUUCCUCUCAGUUUUCUCUACUGUGUACAAAGACCUUUUGUCUGCUUUUAUUUUUCCAAUACACUUAUUUCUCCAAAACA